UUGAAGUGUAGUCACUGUUGUAAUGUAGACAGUGUCCAACCAUCCCGUAUUUUACAGGAUUGUCCCGUAUUUUUGACAUUUGUUCCUUGUCCAGUCGGAAAUCUCCCCGGGGCCCCAUUUGUCCCAUAUUUUCAUUUGUGCCCCCAAGUCUGGUGCUGCUGACAGGCUGAAAGGUUUUGGUGCCUUGCUGCCUUCGGCUUAGUCACUGGGGAGCAGCCGCGCUGGGCAGCGGUGAGGCUGCCCAUGGAGAGCUGGAGCAGCAGCGACGCGAGUGGGCCCAGCCAGAUUUCCAGCAUCCACAGUAUUUUGCUUUUGUAAUGCAAGCAAAGCCGCAGUUUAACAUCUUGUCCAAGAAGGCACCUCCACUCUCAGUACUAUAUUGGAGUGUCAACCUUGAAUAUGUGCUUAAGUCGCUGGACUGGAACCUGACAAUCUGAUGUGUUUCUGGCUAUAAGAGUUGAGGGAGGGAUAUGAUUUCCCUCAUUUCCAUCCCGGCUUCCUGAAGAUUCGGGUUCACUUACCACAACUGUGCUAGCAGCUAAGGAUCUGCUGAAAAAUAUUUCUUUGCAUACCUUUCAAUUAAGGGAGAGUGGAGGGAGGACAAAUUAAAGGAGGACAGAGGGGUAAUUUAGUAAGGGAGAAGAGGAUGAGUUUAUGGAGGUGAGAUGAGUUAGCAGGGGAAGGGGAGAGGCCAAGUUAUUGGUGGAGGAAGAGGUUAAGAAAGGGUGUGUUAGCAGAGGGUGGGGGCUGGAAGAGACUCUCAAACCAACUCAACACUUGCUUCAAGUGUUGAGAGUGAUGUCUGUGGUAAAGAGUGACUCUGUGGGAUGGCUACUGGAUCAUUCAGCCUACAUCAAUCAGUCAUAUAGAUGCUGCCACCAUAUUCCAAAUGACAUCCAAUACCGCAGGUACGUUUUCAAGGCGGAAUAUUUUGACAUCGAGAAGCCCCACAUUGCUGACACAGGGACAGCAAGAGGUCAGGAGCCAGGGGGUGGAGACUCAAGACUGAAAGGCAGGAAACGCAGGAGGAAGACUCGUGAACUGAACCAGGGAGAGAUAGAGGCACAGGGGUACCAUGAGAAGGUCAGCCUGGCCAUUCGGAAUGGCACCAGAAAGUUGAUAGAGCGAAGCAAGGAGGUGGGGGAGCAAGGCACCGACACAAGGGCACCAACUGGAAGAGACUGCGCUAAGAAACGAAUUACUCCAGUGAUUGCUGACUCUAUGUUGGUGGAACUCUGCUCAAUGGCGAAGCAGAUAGUACAAGAACAGAACCAGCCUGUGCAGGUGAUAAGUGACGAGGCAGAAUCUGCCGAAGACCUGAACCUGCUUGCCCGCUUGACUGAGAACGGUUCAGAUUGUGCAAGGAUUGUGACGCUAAUGGGACAGAGGUACCUGCUGCCACCACGAUCCAGUUUUCUUCUGUCAGAUAUCUCCUGCAUAGAACCCCUCUUGGGCUACAAGAAGUAUGAUGUGAUUACUUUGGACCCGCCCUGGGAAAACAAGUCAGUCAAGAGAAGCAAAGGCUACAGCUACCUCUUCCCUUGGCAGAUCCAACAGCUUCCUGUACCGGCACUCUCUGCUCCAGGCUGUCUGGUGGUAAGCUGGGUCACCAAUCGGCAAAGGCACCUACGCUUUGUCAAGGAAGAACUAUAUCCUAGUUGGUCCGUCAAGGUGGUUGCGGAGUGGCAUUGGGUGAAGAUAACCCAGCAUGGAGACUUUGUAGUCCCUUUAGACUCCACCCACAAGAAACCCUAUGAGAUCCUGGUAGUGGGCAGGUAUAAAGGAAGCUCAGAAAAACAGAAUGGAGAACCCAUCACCGAAACAGUUGUAGUGCCUGACUGCAAGCUGCUGGUUAGCGUUCCCUGUGUCCUUCAUUCUCACAAGCCACCACUGGGUGAGGUACUGAAAGGAUUGACCAGACCCCACCCAGAAUGCCUGGAGUUGUUUGCCCGAAACUUGCAACCCGGAUGGACCAGCUGGGGAAACGAGGUACUCCGAUUCCAGCAUUUGGACUAUUUCCAGGAGCUUGACAUAGAGGAAGGAGACAGCAGCUGCUGCUACUCGCAGACAUUGAGUAUCUGAUCAAAUCUUUCCUCACUGUUGUUAACUGUGCCUGCAGAUCAACUGUGGGUUUUUACAAAGAAUAAAUUGGGCUGGCACUACAUGCUUUUGGGGAAAUUAAAAGGAAUUUUCAUAUUUCCAUCAAGGGCCAAUUGUGCGUUUGGAAAAAGUUAAUAAACUUUUUUUUUUAAAA